UCCACGUCAUUUGGAAGGCGUUGUAACAAACUAUUUUUAGCUCCUAGUCAAUGACGAAAAAUGAUAUUUUUCAACUUGACACCAUUUUAACAGCAUUGAAAUCUGUUAUACAGGUGGAAUUAUAUUUAUUUCUUAAGGAUAGAUGACAUGGAAUAUAAUUUUAAGUAAGUUAUAAUCCGUGGGGGAAUUCCUGACAACAUUGUAAACAGAACAUAAACAAACAAUCUCGCAGGAUUAUUGAGGAGAGGAAAGCACGUGAAUCUGUUGUGGAUUUUUUGGGUGACGUGGAUGUGAGUGACGAGGAAGCCUACACGUUUGUUUCAGAGACGUGUUCAUGAUUAAAAAUAGAAAUUGUGUUGUCAACAAAGAUGGCAGUUGAGAGUGACCUAGAUGUCUUGGACUUGCUGUUUGACAAAUCUAGCGGAAUUCUCAAAAGCGAGUUACCAGACAUACAGACCGUAGACUUUUCUGAUCUUGGACUCCUACCAGAAACUGACAUUCUUGAGAACGCACUCAUUGAAUCACACAUUCCCACAUUCUUUGAUGAGGAGGAGCCACCAAAGACAAAAUCACAAGAUGUAGUGCACGAUCAUGAUUAUUUCGCCCAGAAAUCCCCGAGUGCCGGCAGUGACAGUGGUAUCUCCAGUAAUGGUGCCUACUCCCCCCACAGCAUGACGGACGAACUCCAACACAGCCCCAGGGAAAGCUCCCUCUCAGGGUCACCUCGCAGCCAAUCAAAUCUUGACAUUCAAAUCAAUUCAGCCAAUGAAAAUCUUGGUGAUACCACCCCCAUUACUCUGGAGAAUUUUGACUUCAAAAACUUUGACAUGAGCACCAUUGAUGCUGGUGCCUUUUUGGGAGAUACAGACUUUUUAUCUCUCGGUGACGGAACUCAGGACUCGGAUGUGACAAUCAAUGUAAUGGACACAGACUUAAUGGAGGAUACAGUCACGAGUUCCAGCCAAACCCCCAUGGGGAGCUCAACAAAAAUGACCAAAAUCAUCAAAGUGUGCACCACCAAGAGUGAUACCCUGCCCUUCACCAUGAAAGAUGUAUCAUGUGUCAGCUCCUCAUCAAAGUUCCCCGAGCUGCAGCUGACAGAUGAGGAGCGGGAAUUGUUAUACAAGGAGGGGGUGACCCUCCCCACCAACAUGCCCCUCACCAAGGAGGAGGAGAGAGUCCUCAAAGCCGUCCGACGGAAAAUAAGAAACAAGGCCUCAGCCAAAGAGAGUCGUAAGAGGAAGAUGACGUAUGUGGAGGGGCUGGAGAAGAGAGUCAAACUGUCCACAACGGAGAACAACCAGCUCAAAAAGAAAGUAGACACACUGGAGAAACAAAACUCACAAUUGGUACAGCAGCUGAAGAAGCUCCAGGCUCUAUUUCUGUCUAAGACCAGUAAACCCCAGGCUAGCACCUGUCUGGUCGUCCUGGUGAUGUCCUUCGCAUUCCUCAUCGUCCCAAACAUCGACCCAUUCGGAAUCAAGAAGGAUAAACUCUCAGACCCAAAAUCCAUCCCCAUUCCUGGAAAAUCCAGAAGUCUCCUUCACUCACCAGACGAAAUGCAGGAUAUUGAUACAGACCCUUACGGUCUUACAAUAAAACCUGGCCCACCCUGGGAAGUUCCACCCAAAACCCCAGCGAUCCCCCUCCCUCCAAAUGUCGUUAUAGAAACUGUCGAGGAAGAGACAGUUAAUAAACUCAUUGAAAACACUGAAAACACUGGUCCUCUUAAUACAUCCAUAGAUAACAUUACAUCACAGAAAACGGAGGUGAACCAAGACACUCAGGAAAUUACACAAACUCAGAAUCAUCAACACAGGCAGGAUCUGUGAAACUCAGGAUAAAAAAAGGACCAUACUUUAACGAUUGUUUGACUUAGACUUGACAAUACAAACAGGAUAAACAAGACUCAUGUAAAAUGACCGUGCUUUACAAGUUAUGCUGUUGUGCAUACAGUGCAUAUGUUUGUUGAACAUUGGAAAGAAUGUUAACUGUUGUUUAUAGUCCCAUAUGAAAUGUUCACAGUGCAGUGUUAUAUUUUUAGUACAUUGAGUAGUUUAGUAGUCAUAUGUUCCCUGUUUGUCUCGAAAUGUCAAUGUGUCAGUUAAAUUUGUGUCAGUUAUUGUCUUAUAGGAUGAUAAAGGGUAGGAGAAUAUCAAAAUUGAAGAUUAACCUUCCGUGAAGAAUUUCUUCAUUUAAGACUUGAUGUACACAUGUAAAACAUCUAACCAGAGCUGAUUUGUGUCAUAGUUAAAAACUGUGAACCGGGCCUCAUUAACUUCAUCCUUUUCAACUGAAACCUGUAUUAGGGGGUCCUUUUAUCCCUUCUGUAUGAUAUCAGUGUCAUAUCAUUACCCUAUUUGCAGCUUUAAACCUUGUUUUGUUGAACUCCAUGACAAUUUUGCAAAGCAAAAGUUGAGAGUUCAGAAAUAUUUCUCUGAUUAGAGAAUAUCUUUUGAUUUUUGAUAAGAUUGAUUACAUUGAAGAUUGUUGCAAUGAAUAUUAUUGAGUCAUUUUGCAUGUUAUUGUUUUUGAGUGUGAUAACUAAACACAGGUUCACUCAUAGUAUCCUGAGAUCAGUCAUUAUGAUUUUUUAAUGAUUUUAUUUUUUGAGCUGUUUUAAUUUGACCUUGUUGUUUUAUACUUGAUACAAUCAUGAUGAUCAGAAGAAUGUAGAAUUCUGAUCUUGGAAUAAAAUCUUUCUGAACUCAA